AUGUACUCGGUUGAAUGGCCGAAGCGUGGUUUACCACAUGCGCACAUUCUGCUUUGGAUGUUUGACAAGGUCCGACCAGAUCAUGUUGAUUCGAUCAUUUCUGCCGAAAUACCAGAUCCAGAAACAGAUCAUGAGUUGCAUUCUGUUGUGACCACGAACAUGAUACAUGGCCCUUGCGGAACUCAUAAUCCUGGGCCACCGUGCAUGCAAAACGGAACUGCAGUAAGCGUUUCCCGCGUCAGUGGAAUCGACGGAUAUCCAUUGUAUCGGCGUCGUUCUCCAGAUGACAACGGCAGAUCAAUCAUAAUGAAAGUCAAGGGAAAAGAUGUCGUCGUCGAUAAUCGAUGGAUCGUUCCAUAUUGUCCACUUUUGUCGAAAACGUUCUCAAACCACUGCAAUUUUGAGUAUUGCAACUCCAUAAAAUCUAUCAAAUAUGUUUGCAAAUAUGUGAACAAAGGGAGUGACAUGGCUGUGUUUGGCAUUGCUGAUCCAAAUGCAAACGAUGAGGUGAUGAAAUUUCAACUUGGACGUUACGUGAGUUGUAAUGAGGCAAUUUGGCGGCUGUUUUCAUUUACAAUUCAUGAACGUCAACCGACUGUCGUACAUUUGGCAGUUCACUUAGAGAACGGCCAGCGUGUAUACUUUACGGAAGCAAACGCAGCGCAAAGAUCAGGACCACCACCAGCGACGACAUUGACAAAUUUUUUUUCGACAUGCGAAAGCGAUCCGUUCGCGAGGACUUUACUAUAUUCGGAAAUGCCACGCUAUUGUACAUGGAAUGCUGCAUCAAAGAAGUUACAACGCAGGAAGAAAGGUGAUGCUGUUGCUGGCUUCGCAGAUGUCUAUUCGACUGAUUCCCUCGGACGAAUAUACACAGUUCAUCCACGCCAAGACGAAUGCUUCCAUCUUCGCUUACUUUUGGUGAACGUUAGGGGACAUCCUUCAAUUCCCUGCGUACUGUCGAUGGUGUACUGUGCACAACUUUUCGGGAAGCUUUCCAAUGCUUGA